AUGAAUUCAACCGAUCAAAAUCAUGCUCCAACUGCAAGAAGUCAAGAUGUGGGAGGUUCGGGUUCUAAUCAACAAAAUACCGAUUCUGUGGAUCAACAAGAUGAGACAAAUAUUAAUGAUACAGUUUUUGAUGAAGAUGGAGAUGAAGUUGUUGGUUCGAAAAGGGCAACGCGUUCAUCGGCAUGGCAACAUUUUAUAAAAUUUAAUUUGAAUGGUGAAGUUAAAGCAAGAUGUAAAUAUUGCUCUAAAGUGUUAGGUGCAGAUAGCAAGAAUGGCACAAAACAUUUACUUGCACAUCAUAAGCGUUGUAUACACAAACCUUUUACAGAUAUCCGUCAAUCUAUCUUGGUGCAAGAAAAAAAGAAAGUGGAUGGUACUACAACGCAUGUUUUAAAUUAUACAUUUAAUGCUGAUACUUCUAGGAAGGAUUUGGCUGAAAUGAUUAUUUUGCAUGAGUAUCCGCUUUCAAUUGUAGAACAUCAUGGAUUUAGGAAGUUUGUGGGAGGUCUUCAACCUUUGUUUAAGGUUCCUUGUCGAAACACCAUCAAGGAGGACAUCAAAAGAAUUUAUGAUUAUGAAAGGGAUAAAACUAUGAGUUUGUUAGCAAAGAACAAAAGCAGAAUUGUAGUUACUACUGAUAUGUGGACAUCUAAUCAUAAAAAAAAACGGUUUAUGGCAAUCACAGCACAUUUUGUAGAUCAAAACUGGAACUUGCAAAGCAGAAUUAUGAGAGAGAGUGUUGCAUUUUGGUCUGCAUCACCAAAGAGGGAGCAAAAUUUUGUGACAGCAGCAGAGCAAUUGGGAAUACCAUACUCAAAGAAGUUGAUACUUGACUGCAAGACACGAUGGAACUCUACAUUCUUGAUGUUGAGUGUUGCUAUAAGCUACAAAGAGGUUUUCGAUCGUGUGAAGACAAGAGACCCCAAGUAUAUAUGUUUUCCUACAUACCAGGAUUGGGAGUUAGCUAGUGAGAUUUGUGAAAGAUUACAGCUUUUUUAUGAGAUUGGGUAUUCUUUGCGUGAGUGGACGAAAUCUCCUAUUGAGGAGAUUAAGGUGAUGGCUAACCAAAUGCUUUCUAAGUUCAAUAAGUAUUGGUCUGUAAUUCAUGGGAUAAUGGGAAUGGCAGCAGUUUUAGAUCCACGAUACAAGUUAAAGUUUGUGGAGUUACUUUUGCCUGUGCUUUAUGGAGAAGAAAAGGCAAAGAUUGAAUUUCAAAUUUUGGAGGGGUUUGUCACAACUUUGUUUCAAGAGUACGAGUCAAUUCCUGGUUCAUCUUCAUUUGGUUCUAGUAUCUCUUCUGGUCAUCGUGUUGGAUUCAAAAAACUCUUAUCGGAUAUUGCUUCUAUUACUAGAGAUGAUGAUGAAUCAGGAGGUAUGAGUGAGUUGGAUAACUACUUGAAGGAGAAAUUGUUGCCUAAAGACAUGGAACUUGAUUUGUUGGCAUGGUGGAAAACAAAUGGGAUUAAGUACCCGACACUACAAAGGAUAGCUAAAGAUAUAUUAGUUGUUCCUGUUUCCACUGUUGCCUCGGAAUUAGCUUUCAGCACAAGUGGAAGAUUAGUAAGUCCUCAUCGUAGUCGACUUCAUCCAAAGACAUUGGAGGCUUUAAUGUGUGCUCAAAGUUGGUUGUUGAAUGAAAUUCGAGCAACUUGUUCUGAAGAGACGGAGGCAUAUUGUCGUUCUGUUGAAUUUGAUUAUGAUGUGGAAGAGGAAAACACUAAAGAAAGCGGGACAACAAGUUUGGAUGAUUUUGUUUGAUUUUGAGUUUGUAACUUUGUUUUAAUGUUAAGUGGUAAUGUAUUAUUGUGAUGAAUUAGUUUUUAAUGUUGUGUACUUGGGUGUUUUGGUUGAUUGGUUGAUGUUACAAUAUUAGACUAUUAGUAAUUUCUAUUUGGUUAAAU